GUGACGUGACGCAGACUCGGCGUUUAUUUUCUUGAUUUAUUUUAGGUUUGGAAGGUUUUUUUUGCUUAAACGAGGCGCUAUUUUUGUUAGCAGUCCUGUGUGCCGAGAAUAUGUCAUCCGUGGACCUCUUGCAGUGUUUAUGCAGACUUCUUUAAACUUCGACUCACAUUCAGAGGACGCUACUGUGCGCACUUCCUCAAUGUCCGAGGCAUGUGAUGAGCAGAAACUGGAGAUGAGAUGAGAUGAAGAGAAAUGGGGGUCCAGCGAAUCAAAUGUGCGUCCAUCCUUUUCUGGACUGUGUGCUUCCUUACAGCCACCGACAGUCAGAAUGUGUCCACUCCAAAUAUCAUCAUCAUGCUAAUGGAUGAUAUGGGAUGGGGUGAUCUGGGGGUGUUUGGUCAGCCCGCCAUGGAAACUCCAAACUUGGACCUGAUGGCUUCUCAGGGGAUGCUGUUCCCUAACUUCUACACCGCAAACCCACUCUGCUCUCCCUCCAGAGCGGCCCUGCUUACUGGAAGACUUCCAAUUCGCAACGGGUUCUACACCACCAACGCACACGCCAGGAACGCCUACACUCCUCAGGAGAUCGUGGGAGGAAUCUCAAAAGACGAGAUACUGUUGCCUCAGAUCCUGAAGAAAAAAGGCUAUGUCAGCAAGAUCGUCGGCAAGUGGCACCUCGGGCACAGAGAGCAGUUCCUGCCCCUGAAGCAUGGGUUCGAUCAGUGGUUUGGAGCACCAAACUGUCACUUUGGACCCUACAACAACACCUACAGGCCCAACAUCCCCGUCUACAACAACUCCCAGAUGAUAGGAAGAUAUUAUGAGGAGUUUGAAAUCAAUGAGAAAACAGGGGAAUCAAAUCUCACACAAAUUUAUUUGGAGGAAGGUUUGAACUUCAUCCGUCACCAGACCAUGGCACGACAGCCCUUCUUCCUGUACUGGGCGGCGGAUGCCACACACGCACCCGUCUAUGCCUCCAAACGCUUCCUGGGAAAGAGCCAGAGAGGACGCUAUGGCGAUGCUGUGAUGGAGCUGGACUACAGUGUCGGGCAGAUUUUGUCCUGGCUGGUCACACUGGGCAUCGAUAAAAACACAUUUGUGUUCUUUACCUCUGACAACGGCGCUGCAUUAACAUCUGGACCUCAUCAGAGUGGCAGUAACGGUCCGUUCCUGUGCGGAAAGGAGACGACUUUCGAAGGAGGAAUGAGGGAGCCAGCUAUUGCCUGGUGGCCGGGACGAAUCCCUGCAGGCACGGUCAGUUCUCAGGUGGGUACUGUGAUGGAUCUCUUCACCACCAGUCUCGCUCUGGCUGGUCUCGUUGCCCCUGACGAUCGGGUCAUUGACGGCCUGGACCUGAGACCGACCCUGUUCAACAGCACGCUGACAGACAGGCCCGUCUUCUAUUACCGCGGCAACCAGAUGAUGGCGGUGCGGGUUGGAAUCUACAAGGCUCACUACUGGACAUGGAGCAACUCAUGGGAGGAGUUUAAGAAGGGCAUAAACUUCUGUCCUGGCCAGGAGGUGGCUGGGGUCACCACACACACCCAGCAGGAACACACCAUGCAGCCGCUCAUCUUCCACCUGGGGCGGGACCCUGGAGAGAAAUACCCAAUCAGUGUCCUAUCUGAAGAGUAUCAGGCCGUUUUGAGGCGUGUUACUUCGGUCGUGGAGCAGCAUCAGAAGACCUUGAUUCCUGGUCAGCCUCAGCUGAACAUGUGUGACCUGGCAGUGAUGAACUGGUCUCCUCCUGGGUGUAAGCAGCUGGGAAAGUGCCUCAAACCACCACCCUCUCAGCCGUGGAAGUGUGACUGGCCGCACUGAGGCGUCUUCUACACAAAUGAUCAGAACAUUAAACCCUCCAGCUGAUCUCUACACAGACUGGAUGAUCUCUUCUGCAUUCAUGAAUGUAAAAAAGAAAAACUAAAAAUUCUGUCUGCACUCAUGAUGAUGAUUUUAAUCACUUUUUUUAUUUUGGAGGGAAUAUUUUUAAAAGAACUUAAUUAUUUCAAACUAUUGCUGU